AUGCCGGAUGAAUAUAUCAAAACUUCUUUGACGCCUUUUGGUCGGGUAGUCAGUGUGCAACACCUAACAGUUCAGGGGUUCCCCAACAUACGCACUGGCACCCGCAUGGUGUCUAUGUCACUCCUAAAGCCCAUUCCACCGGAACUCACUAUUUCUAAUUUUAAGUGCGCAAUUAAAUAUCGUGGGCAACCAAAGUUUUGUUUUGGCUGGCGUUCCUUUGGACAUUUUGCUCGCCUGUGCCCUCGAGCGUCGGGUGGUGCUAAGGCUGGGAGUGCUACAGCUGGGAGGACUAUGGCCGAGGCUGUCUCCACCGGCAGGAGUUCUGUCGUGUCUCAGGCACCUGUUCAGCCUUCUUCUUUGCCUGCCACUGCUUCUGCAGACGGCCCUGUUCCUGAUGGGGCAGCACCAUCGCAGGAUUACGUCUCGCCCUCUACUGCCCUCUCUUGUCAUGCUGUAGCAAUGGACGUCUCUUCUCAUGAGUCUGUACGUGCAGCUGAUGAACCCUCCAUCUCACUGGACAUGCAGGUCGUUGGAUUGUCAAUCCAUCUGAGUGAUUUUAAGGAACACGUCACAUUCAGUGGUGAUUUCUCCUAUUCUCGCCGUGUGUCCAGUUUUAAACGUGUUGCAAAAACACAGAGCCCAGACCGGGCAGAUGCCAGGAGGAUCAUACGUGCCCGUCGACUUGAGGCAUUUGCCAUCUGCCGAAACCAAGACGUGGUGUCUGUUGUUGCUGAUACUUCAGUCGAGAUGUCUGUAGUCUCCAUGCAACAACAUACUGUGCCAGUUGAUUCUCCGGCAGUUGUCACCUCCAACCGUAAUGCGUUGCUGGCGGACGAGGCAGAUGAGCUGGCUGCCCCUGAGCCUGUCUCUUCAGUCGUCGUUCCUGUGGAAAACCAUCUUCAGCCCUCCUGUACCAACUCUGCCAUAAGUGAUGCUCCUGCUGAUAGCACGGAUGUUUCCACUCGGGCACAUGCUGUUGUGGAUGAUCUAGCGUCCCUUGCCGGGACGUCGUUGAUCCGCUCGCCAGUCCUUUGCCUACCGAUGGUGCUGCCGAGCCGGUUGGUUCCACUCCUCCAUCUGUGGACCAAUUUCCUGCUGGUACUAAACCACCUGUACCUUGUGGUGAAUCUGUGGCAGCUACUUGCCAGUCUUCUGCUCUGUUUCACCCUCUGAGCCCUCUCUGCAGCUGCACCUCUCUAGGAGUGAGCAGUCUGCCGAACCUGUUGCCUCACUUCCUUCGCCUGUUAGUGGAGCUGUUGAGCCGUCUCCUGCUGGCAGUCCUGUGACCCACACCCCUGUGUGCACAACUCCGCCUGUGCCUUGUUAUGAGCCUGCGUCAGAAGAUGCUGCUAGUUCUCCACCUGCCAUCCCCCUUCUUGUCAGGCUCUGGCUCCUUGGCAGGCUUCUGGUUCCGCUGCUUCUCCUGCUGCGGGCUCCGCUUAUGCUCUGGCUGUCUUGUCACGCUCUUCUUCUUUGCUGCCAUUCCGUGAGUCGCCAGACCUUUUUUCUCCCGCAAGUUCUGAUUCUGAAGGCCGGUUGACGACGCCUUCCAAUUUUCCAGUUUCACCAGUCUCUUCGCAUUAUGCCAGAUCCUUUUUUUCGGAGGUGGACGAUCCUCCAUCGUUGCUCCCUUCUGCUUCCGAGCAGGUGGAUGUUUUAGCUGAUCAGUCUCUGGUCAGCCUUUUUAAUAACAAUAACAAUGUAUAA